AUGAAUUCCGAACCGCAACAACCGGAGCCAAGUCGCUCGAGGGGCAUCUCAGUAGUAUCGACAUUGGACAGGAAUGAAGCCCAACCGGGUGACAGAAGACGGGUUCCAAAAUUUGGCAAUGGAAAGAACGCAGGCGUGGAGCUGGAUCCCCAGCCUAGUGAUUCCUCAGAAGAUCCUCUAAACUGGCCACAAUGGAAGAAGGAGCUUGCUUUUGGCUCCCUCCUUCUAGGAACCGCUGUGAUAGGUGCCCUAAAAACAAUGCUGGUCACGGUUACCAGCGCUCUCGUGGUGGAACUAGGUACCAGUUAUAUGGGAACUACGGCUCUCACGGGAUUGCCAUUAAUAGUGGGCGCAUUUGCAGGCCUACACAGUGUCGCCCUUUCGCAUAUGACGGGCAAGAGAUUGCUAUAUCUCAUCAGCUCAGUGAUGCUGCUGCUGUCGGCGGUGUGGACUAUGCAUAUUUUCGGGAGCUACUCGCAAUUCAUGAUCUCGAGGGUACUACAAGGAUUUGCUUGGGGUACUUUCGAGUCGUUGGUUUUGCUCUCGGUGAAGGAUAUGUAUUUUGUACAUGAAAGAUCUAGCAGGAUCACCAUCUACAACAUCACCAACAUUAUCUUUACCUGGGGAUCACCAAUGGUGGGAGGAUUUGUGUCUCAGAGAGUAGACGGAUUCCGCAACCAGAUUAUGAUCAUCAAUAUCAUUCAAGCAUUCUCUGUUGUGCUCCUCAUCUUCGGAACGCCAGAGACUUCCUACAAGAGGGCGUCUGACCGAUCAAAUGUGGGCGGGCAUUUCCGUUCUGGGACCGUCACCACCGUUUCGGCCGGUACAUCCUCAGGAUUCAAGUCAUACCUCUCAUCCUUACACCCAAUGAGCCCCAAGGGGACAUCCAAAUUCGAACUCUCUCGCGCCCUUUACCCGCUCCGCGCCCUUUCCGCACCUAGCACCAUCCUCACCUUUUUCCUAACCGCACCGCUCGUCGCCACAGCAUUUGGCACCGCUCAUCUACUCUCCAUGCUCUUCGCUCCCACCCCAGUCAUGGCCUUACCUACUCAACUUGGCCUCAUGUUCACCGGGCCCCUCGUCGGCGGCCUCAUUUUCUACACUAUCGUCUCCGUCACAUCCCAUAUGCUAUCACGCCGAGGAAGUCGUUCCUCUUCAUUCCGCAACCUCGGAGCAGCCAUUCCAGGAAUUUUGCUCGGUUUUGCCGGCAUCCUCGCUUUCGGGCUCUAUGUCGAGGGCACCCUCCGACCGGACGCAAGUAUGGCAAACUCAAUCUUCGACUUGUAUACACAAGGUCAAGAUUUCAACAAGAAAAUCGCGUCCUUUGCAUUUGGACUCACUGUCUCGGGUGCGGUGGUGCUCAACUAUGCAGGUGCUAUGCACAUCAAAGCUACCGCCGCUUCAGUCAAGGAGGCCGAUGCGCUUGAAGGUGGACACAGGGCCCUCCAGGAUCUUCUGACGGGCAUUUUUAUUAUUGGCGUGCCGCUUUGGGUACAGGGGGGUGGGGACAAUAUGUUCCCAGGGUUGAAAGAUACAUCUAUUGCGUUGGCGGUUGUGCAGAUCGUUAUUGCGAGCACUGUUGCGGCGGCGCUGUGGGUCAAGGGGGAGGAUAUUAGGAGGUUGGACGGGAGAGUUUUAGGGACACAAGGGGGAGAGGAAGGAAUAGUUAUGCAGAGAUGGAAGACCAAGGAUAGCUUUAUGGAGGGGUAG